ACCUCAACUUGAAAAAUCAAACUUAACAUGGCAUUUUGCAUUCGCAUUUCCAUGGAGUUAUUAACAUGGGCUUCCUUAUUUUUCUACUCUACAAUUUGUAUUGGCACUGGCAGCACAUUUGUGGCCGGAGCAACACCGGAGGCACUAGCUCUGUGGAAGAGUGGGUGGUGGAAUGCCUCCAUCAACAACGUUGCAGACCAUUGUAGCUGGCCUGGUAUAACAUGCAACGGUGCUGGGAGCAUUACCGAGAUUAGUCCACCUGAUUUUAGUGUGGGAGACAAGUUCGGAAAACUGGACUUCUCUUCCUUCCCCAAUCUUGUUCGCCUUAAUCUUAGCCAUCAAGGACUCUAUGGGAGCAUCCCACCUCAAAUUGGUGAUCUUACAAGACUCGAGCACCUCAAUCUGUCCAACAACAAUCUAACAGGUACAUUGCCUUCUUCACUUGGAAAUCUCACUCAAUUACGGAUGCUUGACGUAUCUUUCAAUUACAUACAUUCCAUCUCCCCAAAAGUCAGGAAUUUGAAGAAUCUUGUUUCUUUGAACUUGACUUGGAACAACCUCACUGCAUCCAGUGCUCCAAUUAUAGGCCUUCCCACCAAUCUUUCCCACUUGGAGUUGGCCUCAAAUCCUUUUCAUUGUAGUAUCCCUCCAGAAAUAUGGAACUUGAAGAGUCUUGUAGCCUUAGACAUGAGCGAUUGCUCCCUCAAUGGUCCAAUCUCUUCCAACAUCAGUCAUUUAACCAAUCUGGUUUCUUUGUCUCUUGCAUACAAUCAAAUCAAUGGAUCCAUACCUUCAGAAAUGGGAAAUUUGAAGAACUUGGUUUCUCUGGAUCUAUCUGGAAACUUGUUUGUGGAUCUAAUAUCAUCCCGUCUUGGACAAUUAACCAGUUUGACAUUUCUAGAUCUCAGUUUCAAUUCAUUUAGUGACUCCAUCCCUCCAGAAAUUGGGGAAUUGACGAAUCUCACUGAUCUCUACAUGAGUCACUACAGAUUUGGUGGUCCGCUCCCUCCAACUUUGGGUCACUUGACAAAUUUGAGGAUCCUGCACCUUGGAGCAAAUUAUUUUUAUGACCCCAUCCCAUCAAGCAUAGGAAAUCUAAAACUGUAUUUGAGCCACAAUUCCAUGGGUGGAGACCUCCCAUCUGAAAUAGGAAAGAUGAAGAAUCUAUUUAUUUUAGAUCUUAGUGCUAACCAUUUCACUGGUCCCAUUCCUUCCGCUUUAGGUCAUUUAACCAAUUUGGCUAUCUUGUAUCUUGAUUCAAAUCAUUUGAAAGGGUCAAUACCUUCAGAACUUGGGUAUUUACUAGACUUGAAUAGAGAUGGCUUGAACCUCAGUUGCAAUAAUCUCAUAGGCCCAAUCCCAGAAACUUUGGCUCAUUUUCCAUACAACUCUUUUAUAGGCAACCCAGGUUUAUAUAGAAGCCCCGCUACUUCACCUUCUCCUUUCACUCAACAUAGAAAAAAUUCCAACAAAGUGAUGAGACAUAUUAAAAUUAUUCUUAGCACCAUUUCUCUUGUGUUGGUAUCUCUAGCAUUGUUGUUACUUUCUCGAAGAGUAAAUGGAGCAAAAAGUAAGGAAGCAAUUCUAAUUUCGACAACAAAUGGGGAUAUGUUCUCAAUAUGGAACUUUGAUGGGAGGGUUGCAUUUGAAGACAUUAUUGCAGCAACUGAAGAUUUCGACCUUCGGUAUUGCAUUGGUACUGGUGGCUAUGGUAGUGUUUACAAGGCACAAUUGCCAAAUGGCAAAGUAGUUGCCUUAAAAAAACUUCAUCGGAGGGAAUCAGAGUUAGAGGCUUUUGUUUCUGACUUUGGAAAUGCUAGACUUUUGGAUCCUGAUUCAUCUAAUCAUACCACACUUGCUGGCACCUAUGGUUAUAUUGCCCCAGAGCUUGCCUAUACAAUGGUUGUGACUGAGAAAUGUGAUGUUUAUAGCUUUGGGGUUGUAGCAUUGGAAGUACUAAUGGGAAGGCAUCCUAGAGAACUGUUGACAUUGUUAUCAAAACCAUAUUCUUUGCAAAAUGUGAUGCUAAGUGAUGUAUUGGACACACGUCUAUCGCCUCCAAGAAGCAAAAAUGUUAUCCAAAGUAUUGUUGUUGCUGCGAUGCUUGCAUUGGCUUGCUUGCGUGCGAAACCCAAGUCCAGACCAACAAUGAAAUAUGUGUCUCAACAAUUUGUUGCCUGCCAAAAACAGCUUUUGAAGCCUAUUUCAACUAUUUCUUUAUUGGAACUUGUAAGUUCUGAUUUGGGGAUGGAAAAUGGAAGGGAACCUCAAUCGGGAAUUGUAUUAGAACUUGCAAAACUAAAUACUGAUUUGGGGAUGGAAAAUGAAAGAGAACCUCAUUCAGAAGUUUCAUUUCAUCUAGAUGAGUUCCAUGGUUCUUCCUCAAAUUAGAUUCAAUCGAGUUUCCUUGUCCCCUUUUUAUUUAUUUAUUUUUUUUUGAAAAAAUAAAUCUGUUUGUCUAUUUCAUGCUUUUCUUUUCUUAUUAAUAUGUUGAAAUUGAAUACCAACUUGUUUUGUAUAUAUUUCUCAACCAGGACUACAUAUUUUUUGUACUGAAACACAUGAAUGCACCAACACAAAGUUCGGCACUCAGCAGAAGAAAUUGGCUGUGUUUUU